UUAUCCUAGUUUGAGGUGACUCAGAUCCUUCGUGCCCCCCUACGGAUUGUUAGAAAUAGCGCAUCAAAACUCCUAAGACGAGAUCUGGCAAGUUCAGCCAGCAUUUGUUACACCAUCUGGACUUCAUCAUUAUCACACACCAGCAACAAUGACGAAAACGGGCGAUGAUGAGAUUUCAACUUCCACAACAGAAUCAAUAGUCAAACCACCUCCAGAUGGCGGAGCCAAGGCAUGGACUCAAUCUGCCAUGGGCCACCUCGUGUGCUUCAACACCUGGGGCUACCUCGCCAGCUAUGGUGUAUUCCAGUCUUACUACCAAACCCACCUCGGGGUGUCUGAGUCCGCAAUCUCCUGGGUCGGCUCCAUACAGAUGUUUCUCAUCUUCUUCGUGGGCACGUUUUCCGGGCGAGCGCUGGAUGCGGGCUAUUUUCGGCAUGUCUUCUGCGCCGGCGCAUUCCUGCAAAUCUUUGGGGUCUUCAUGACCUCCCUCUCCACCCAAUACUGGCAGCUCUUUCUCGCACAGGGACUCUGCACGGGCUUAGGCAGCGGCUUGCAGUUCUGCCCCGCAAUGGGUCUAGUGGCCACCUAUUUCGACAAACGCCGUGUAUUUGCGGUAGCCUGCUGUCUCGUCGGCAGCGGGACGGGAGGCAUGGUCUUCCCAGGCCUAGUCAAGGGCCUUCUCCCCAUGAUUGGAUUCGGCUGGACCAUGCGAGUUGUAGGGUUCGUCAUGCUCGCCACCACCAUUCCCGCGGUUGUGCUCUUUCGCACACGCCUACCCCCGCGCAAAUCCGGCCCCCUCGUCGAGCUCUCCGCCUUCCGCGACGAGCCCAUCUACACCCUCUUCAUUCUGGCCAUCUGGCUCAACUUCUGGGGCAUGUAUUUUGCAGUCUAUUAUGUGGGCGCCUUCGGCCGAAGCGUGAUCGGGCUCACAUACUCCGACUCGACCAACCUGAUUAUUGUGCUCAAUGGGGCGGCUAGCCUCGGCCGCCUGAUCCCCGCAUACUUUGCUUCGUUUCAUCUAGGCCCGCUGAACACCAUCAUUCCCCUCUCCGUGGCCUCUAGCGUGCUGAUGCUGUGCUGGGCGGCCGUGCACUCCGCACCGGGACUCUAUGCGUUCGCCGUGCUGUACGGGUUCUGCGCCAAUGCGGUCCAGGGGCUCUGGCCACCCACGCUAUCCAGCCUGAUCACAGACCUCAGCAAGGCGGGCACGCGGAUUGGCAUGGGCUUCACGAUCAUGAGUUUCGCAUGUCUAACCGGACCUCCGUUGGGGGGUGCCCUCGUUGCCAAGGCCCAUGGUUACAUCGGAGCCCAGGUGUGGGCGGGUGUAGUGAUCUUACUGGGAGCCAUGGUGCUAUUGGGGGCAAGAAUUUCGAAGACUGGAUCGCGCAUCAAUGUCAAGAUCUGAGAUCAUUGUCCUUUUCUGGAAAUGGCGGCGGGUGAAUGUCGGCAGCUGGCUCGGAAUCGGAAGUGCCGUCGGAAAAACGUAGUGCUGAGCACUGGUCCUAUUGAAAAUCUGUUUUGGAAACAAGCAUUUUGUUCACAGUGGGGAUCAGAGAUACAAAAUUAGCUGUGUUAGACCC